AUGGCUUUGCAAACAACACAAUACCAACCAAUUGAUAGAGAUUUUAGUAGUACAACAGAAAGUGAACUGACUAGCUCUGCUUCAAAUAAAGAAACUCAUCCAGUACCUCCUUUUGAAAACCCCAUAGGCAAUACUAAAUUACCAACGCUCCCAAGUUUUAAUGGAAUUAACAACCCAUUCCGCUGUCCUACAGUUGUAGUAAAUGAUGAUUUAAAUGACAAACCAUUAGGAAGUAAAUUUAAAACACCUGCAAAAAGACUAUCAUAUUUAAGAGAAAGAAAAAUUCUUGGAAGAAAUGAAGAAUCAGAAAUUAUUGAUGGUCUUCAGUACCUUCUAAUUAUUAGACACCAUGCUGUUUUCUAUUAUGUCAAAGAAAAAAGGUCUAAAAAAACAAUGAAAUUCAGAAUUCCUCAUUCAAUGGAACUGAAUGACAUGAAAUUAGGUAUUAAUGAAUUAUGUGAAAUUGGAGAAAAGUGGUUAGUUGAAAGAGGGCUUUGUGAACGUUGUUUAGAAAAAGAAAAGUCUCAAAAAAGAAUCCAAAGGUCAAAAGAAGCUGAAGUUAAUGGGGCAUUAAUUUGUAUAAUGGAUUCAUUAGGAUAUUCUUUUGAAUUCAAGAAAUUAAAAGAUAAACAAAAUCGUAAAACUACUCCAUUUGUUAAAACUAUAUCAAUAACAUUUCCUGAUGGAGUCAAUUAUUCUGUAGAAGAAUUAAAAAAGUUUGGAAAACAAUAUGAUGCUAUUAUGCUUCAACAAGACUCACGUAAUGACUAA